AUGGUUUCGAAUUCGGCGGCCCUGACUCCAGGGUUGUCCUCAUUUCUCAAGUCUCUAAAAACGACCCCCAUUGAGACAUCGAUCGACAAUCUAGUAUCUCUCUUGAAGCGACGACAAAUUCGUCUGUCACGUUCAUGCGCCAUAGCAACUGCAUACCUUCUUCUCCGAGUCGUGUCGGCCUUUCGAACCACAGAUGCCACAAAAUUGAUUGAGCGGGUACAGAGUGUGGGUAGGCGGCUUAUGGUUGCCCAACCCAGGGAACUAGUCGUGGGAAAUAUCGUCAGACGUGUACUAGGCCUUAUUAGAGACGAAGCAGAGGACGAAAGGGACGCAGACUUUUUCCUUGCUAGCGAAGCUGGAUCUGACAGCCGACCACAUACCCCUCAUGGAGCAGAAAGCCACUCCCCUCCGCGCUCACAUGUUGCAGACGAUCUCGCAAUUCCUGUGCAGGACAAGGACCUUUUAUCUAUCCGUCAAGAAGGCUCAGAACGAUCUUCUUCUCGGCCCCCUCUAUCUUCCACGCCAUCCCAAGCGGCCCCCGUCAUUUCCAUGUUUAGCCUCCUCCAGCACCCCGAAGCAGAGUCACCUCAACCUAGUUCCCCAGGCACCGUCUCGCCAUCAGGCCGGUUUCAGGGACAGGGCCAACACAAAGAUAUUCGAGCUGAAGUUUUGGACGGAAUCGGCGAGAUUAUUGACGAACUCGGGCAGGUUGAUGAUCAGAUUGCAGGCUACGCCCUGGAGCACAUCCAUUCCAACGAGGUCAUUUUGACAUAUACCUCAUCCACCACUGUUCAAAAGUUCUUACUCAAAGCCGCAACCAAGAGGAAGUUCACCGUCAUCCAUGCCGAGUCUUUCCCCAACAAUCAUGUCGCAACUCAUUCUCGAGUUAGCGGUAACAAUGAUAACGAUGAUCAAAGUCUUACUGCGGAGAACUUCACAAAACCGUUGACUGCUUUGGGAAUCACUGUUAUUGUCAUCCCUGACUCCGCGGUCUUUGCUAUCAUGUCCCGAGUCAACAAAGUCAUUUUGGGCACGCACUCGGUCCUAGCUAAUGGUGGCCUGGUUGCUGCCGCGGGCACACGAGUGAUUGCUAGGGCGGCCAAAGUUCACCAAACUCCAGUAGUUGUCGUCAGUGGUAUCUACAAACUCAGUCCUGUUUAUCCAUUUAAUACUGAGUCCCUCAUUGAGUACGGCGACGCCAGCAAUGUCAUUCCUUUUGAAGACGGGGACUUGGUCGACAAGAUUGACGUCGAAAACCCACUUUAUGAUUAUGUACCUGCCGAGUUGGUUGACUUGUACAUUACAAACUUGGGUGGCCAUGCUCCGUCAUAUCUUUACCGUAUUGUCUCGGACCAUUAUCGCAAAGAAGAUAUCUCCUUCUGA